CUUCAUCUCGCACGCUGCUUCCGAGAAUAUGGUUUCAUCUUCUUCGCUGAACUCCACCGCUAACAUGACUACCUGGACUUACGACGAGAACCACGACGACGUCCGCCUCAUGGUCAUCUCCCGCGGCAUGGUCAACAAAACGGCGAGCAUGCACCGCGACUCGCUCGGAAUGCCAUACUCCCAGCUUCCUCCCUACUACGGUCUAAGCUACGCCAUCACGUAUAUGAACAUAUACAAUUUGUGCAAGACGAUCGAGGAGGAUGAGGACGGCGAUCAGUGGCUUUUCGAUGAUGAGUGCUACACCAUCUUCAAAUGGCUCGAGCGUCUGGAGGAAGCCACUGGAAUCUCACACGACCAUGGGCUGCACGAGUGCGAGUUUAAGGACGGUCAGCUGGGUUUGACGAUGGUCAUCUCCUGCUCGGACAAGCCGGAAACUGUCCCGCGUCCCGCCAAGCGUAUUCAGAGCCUGAAGGAUUUCCUGCGGGUCACCAAGGAGCCGGUAGUGCGUCGGUUUAACCAGCCCAGGAUGUACUUCUGAGACGGGAGUCCCCUGGAACUGUGUUUAAUGGAUGGAAAUGCUAAAAUCAGUAAAUUGUACAUUAAAUGCACAAAGAAUGCAUGGGGUCCCUAAUAUAAGCCAUACUGUCGACCGCGC